ACCGGGAACCCCCCGAUGCGCCGGGCGCGUCUGCGAGUCCCACGGAGCGGGGCGGGCGAGGCGGGGCGAGGCGACUCGUCCCGGGGCUGGGGGGAGGUGGCGGGCGUCGCGGUGGAGGCGCCUGGCACACGGGUCCCGCCUUCCCCCGGCCCCCCCUCCCUGCGGCGGGUGGUGCGGCCCGCUCGGAGAGGGCGGGAGCGGCGCGCCCCGCCCCGCUCAGUGACACAGGCACCGUGUGGGGAGGCGCCGGCGGCGCGGGCAGCGGGACCGGGCGUCGUAGCGGCGGCGACUGCGAGCCGAGCCCGGAGCAUGGCAGGGGCUGGAGCCGCUGCGGAGGCUGCUGCUGCUGGUUUCCCUCCUUCGCCGCCUCCUCCCGCCCGCCGGGAACUUUUCCUAGCGGAUGGUGGCGGUGCCUCCCCCCGGUGGUGGCAGCGGCGGCGGCGGCUGCUGCGUUCGGCGGUGCCUCCCGGGCCGGGGCUGGGGCUGCUGGGGCUGGUUUUCUCUCGUUUCUGCUGCAGUGCCUUAGCUGGACCAGUUGUUGAUCCACAUGUGACAGCAGUUUGGGGGAAGAAGGUUGCACUGAAAUGCAUAAUUGAUGUAAAUGAAACAAUAACACAAGUUUCUUGGGAGAAGAUAUAUGAUAAAAGUUCACAGACUAUUGCUGUUCAUCACCCUGAAUAUGGAAUAUCUGUUCAAGGAGAAUACCAAGGAAGAGUGGCAUUUAAAAACUACUCACUUACUGAUGCAACAAUCAUCUUAAAAAAUGUAAGCUUUUCUGAUGCAGGAGAAUAUGUUUGCAAGGCAGUUACAUUCCCACUUGGAAAUACACAGUCGUCAACAACUGUAACAGUAUUAGUUGAACCUGUUGUGAGCUUAACGAAAGGACCAAACCCUCUAAUAGAUGGUGCAAAUAGGACAGUAGCAGCCACUUGUACAGCAGCCACUGGAAAACCUGCUGCACAGAUUGACUGGGAAGGAGGCCUUGGUGAAAUGGAAUCCACCUCCACUUUGUUUCCAAAUGAAACAGUGACGGUUGUGAGCCACUAUGUGAUUGUCCCUACACGAUUUGCAAGAGGAAGACGCAUAACUUGCGUUGUGAGGCACCCUGCCUUUGAAAAGGAGAUACGAUACCCUUAUGUGUUGGACAUACAGUAUGCCCCAGAGGUUUCAGUAACUGGUUAUGAUGGAAACUGGUUCAUUGGAAGAGGAAAUGUUCAGCUCAAAUGUAAUGCUGAUGCAAAUCCAUUACCUAUGGCAUUUACGUGGAGCAGGUUGGAUGGACAAUGGCCUGAAGGAUUGUUGGCUGUUAACAAUACUCUGCAGUUCAGCAGCCCUUUGACAUACAACUACACUGGGACUUACAUCUGCAAGGUGACUAAUGCCCUUGGUCAGAGGAGUGAUCAGAAGACUAUCUACAUAUUAGAUCCUCCUACUACUACCACUCGACUGCCCACGGUUCCCUGGCAUCCUUCGACUGAUGGCACCACAGGUUUAGCAACAGAACCUAGAAUAAUAAAUUUCCCAACAUCAACCUUGCCAACAAAGCAGGACGACACUUGGGAUGUGCCCUUUAAGCAGACAUCUUCUGUUGCUGUAGCAGGGGCUGUGAUUGGAGCAGUCCUUGCUCUUUUUAUCAUUACCAUCUUUGUGACAGUGCUGCUGACCCCAAGGAAGAAAAGGCCAGCCUAUCUUGACAAAGUGAUUGAUCUGCCACCCACUCACAAACCAGCCUCAUUUGAGGAGAGAGCAUUGUCAGUACCACAGAAAGAAGCUAUGCUUCAGAAAGAACAUUUUGCUUUGCAGAGCCAGUACAUAGAGAGAGAUGCUGGAAACUUGCAGCACAUGAAUGCUGUGAAUGGAAGGCAACUUACUUGUGGGGAUGAAGAGCUACAGGAACAAGAGGGUCUUCAGCCUAUGUAUCCUGUUUAUCAGCAGACUUACUCCAAAAAUUGGAGCAACAGAUACCCACAAAACUCAGGAUCUGGAAGAGUCUACAUCAAUCCAAGGGAACAUUAUGUAUGAUUCUUUACCCAGAUGUCUUUAACAAGGAUUUAAAUACCUGUUGAAUAUAUGACCCUCAUGUCUUGUUGGCUUUCAUCUCUAAAAUAAUUGGAGUUUUUUUCAUGUGUGAAGAAAUUGUAUGGAUAAUUUUAAAUAGGUGAACUAUUUGAGACUUGCCUCUAGUCUUUGGUAUAUCUGUGUUUUUGUAGUAAUAUCAAUCUGCCAAAUGAGAAGAGCCACUUAGCUUUAUUAACCUUCACAGUUAUAAGCUGUAUAACCUGUAUUAAUUGGUUGGCAUAUGCCAAAAUGUAGUUAAGGUUUUUCUCUGGGAGCAUUCUCUAGAUAUUUUACAAUAACUUUGUGACAUUAGCAGUCUCAGGCUGAGACAUUUUUUUCAUCUUAGAAAACUUGGGAUAUGAUUUUGACUGCCCUUAGCUAUUGAUUUCUCAACCAGCUCUACCUCUCUCAGUCAAAUGAACAACUAGACUACCUCUCAAAUACUGGCUGGUCCAUAAACUACACUGUUUUCCCUCCUUGUUAAAAGUGAAGCAAUUGCCUUACAUCAAAAGCUUUUUAUUGUCUGUUGAUUCUGCCUGUUGCUGGCUUUGCUUUUACAGUUAGAUCUACAUGAAACUUAGCUGAAGGCAGUAGAUAGCUAGCCUGACAGAACUUUCUGUGAGUGUCUUUUGUGAAGCUACAUCUUACCCUUAAAUUGCUAUUUAGCUGUUUUCCCAAGUAUGACUCCUAUUUUAGAUGCUGCAGAGUUUAUUUUCCUUGGUAAUAAAUACAUCCCUUGUUUUUUCUCAGUUUGCAACCAAACUGCCUGUGAUGUGUUCUUAUGUCUUAGCAAGAAAAGAAAAGCUUCAGUCAACUUCAAAUGAUUGUCAGCACUGUCAUUUAAUCUUAGCCAGUAGUGUGAAGUAACUGGAGAAUGAUGUUACCAGUGCUAACAGUAUCCCACAUGAAUCUUUAUGUGUCUGUGGUAAUGCUUAAAAAAUUAAGCAGGAUCUUUCUAGAAAAAUAAGUUUUCCUGUAAACUCUAAAAACUAAAUAUUUAGCAAGUAAAAAAUAUGUAUAUAAUGUGUUAGUGCUGAAAUGAGCUCAUAGGGCAAUCUUAAAAUAUUUUAAGAGAGUAGAAAAAUGAGUUGUGUCUAAAAUUUACCAGAGAAACUUAACAGACUUGAGUAUUCUCCAAGUAUGUAUGCACAUAAGUACAGAAUGAUGAUUUUUGGUCAGGUGACAUGAAGGACAAAAUGUUCAGAAUGGCUGUGUCACACUGAACUAGCUGUUGUACAGAACUGAACAUUACUUCUGGGAUAUUAGUGUGUUUCUCUGCAGAUGGUUGGGUUUUUUUUAGAGGCAAGAGCCAAGCUGUAGAAGCAGCAGAAUAGAAAGCUAGUAUAGGUGAGUGUGCUACAGGCAGGGGCCAUUGUUAAACCUGUAUUCAAUCUGCAUUCAUCUCCACCACAGUACAAGUUAAUGAGAUCCCUGUCCACAGUAGGGCCAGGUAAAUUAAAUGCUUCUAGCUUGUUGCAGGUAGCAGCUAGAUUAUGGCUUGGGUGCCUGUGUUCUGGACACUGUAGAAGUAGAUAUUAGCUGUUCUCUUGCUAAGCAGCUUUCUGUUAAAUAUAUAGUUGAAGCUGACAACUGAAGGAAUGGCAAAAAGAAAGGCUGGACAGAACCUGCUUCUCGGAAGAUAUAUCUGAAGCAUUGUCACCUUGCUUUUCUCUUAGGAACUGGGCACAUUCAUGUAAAUUGAGCAGCUGUUUUCAAUUUUAAAGUUUCCCGCUGUAUUUGAGACCUAAAGAAGGGCUUGUGUCCCCCAAAAAUGUUUUUCCAUGAUGUUAAAGUAGCUACCUCUUCACAUGAGUAUUGUCUCACCCAUCCUUACUGCAGCUCCAAAAAGCAUCAGCUGUCAAAACAUUUGAAACAAAACAGUGUCGUAGCCAAAUGAAUGACACAACAUUGAGAUGAACUGUAUUGCUUAAGAUAAUUUGAUCAAUAUUACUGAACAAAAACUUGAUACCAAAAAUAUUUGAAUAGAUGUUCUAGAAUGGUUCAAAACUGUUGUGGCAGUGGUUCCUCUUCAUUCAUUAGUAUAAUGUGGUCUUGAGCAGGUGAUCAUUUCAAUCCCUUUUGUAAAAAACAAUUACUUUGGUUUCAGACUCAGACCUCUUCUACUGCUUUUUAUAUUUGCAGAUACUUUUUUUUUUUUUUUUUUUUGAAGAGUUAAAACUUUGGGGGAAUGAAGAAUGCUGUCAACAAAGCUAUAAUUGUUUUUUUAAUUUGUAAAAAUAGCUUAAAAAAUAAAAAUUUAAUCCGACUGUGUUGUCCAAGUUACAUAUCAAGAAACUACAGAAAGAUUUGCAAACUGCCCAUCAGGAUGUGGUUUGCCCUGAAGUCAUUAGGGAAGUACAUAAUCACCUACAGGUUUAUUACCUGUAAGAAAUGGUUUAUUUGUAAUCUGUUCAGGGACAUUUAGUGUAUUAGGUUUUUGAAAUGUUGCUUUUAGUUUUAAGGGUGGCUGGAUUUGGGGGGAGGGCAUUUGGCAUAGAAUGCUCAAAAGAUAACAGAAAAAGUGUCUGCUGAUUAGGCUUUCUCACUGAAAGGAUUGUACAUAUAGAAGUAAGUCUGAUCUGCUUUUUUAAGAUGUAGAAAAUGUCCUUUUUUAUUUUUGUACAUUUUCAAAUGCUUGUAUUUGUAAUUUGAUUGGAAUAAAAACAUUAAAAACAUAAAAUUUUCUUCUGUUGUUAAGAUUGAUUAAAAUGCAAAGUCUGGUAAAAUGCAUCCACUUUUUUGGUGGUAUGUUUCUUCUGUGAUUGUAUAUGCAGAACAUGUUUUUUGUCCUAACAGUACCAGUUUGGAAUAUUGUGGUGUUGCAUGCUGAAAUCCUUUCAACUUUUGUCUUGUAUAACAGGAAGCAUGUGUGAAAAUCCUCCAUUUAGGUGAACUGAACACCCAAAAUCAC